AUCAAACGUACUCCCGACAUAUUUCUAUCUGAACUACGAAGUGCACUACAGGAGGUGAGGGGUAUUGAGGUAUCCCUUGCCACUAUCGAACGAAUGCUGCAUAGGCAUGGUUUGUCACACAAGCGGGUAACUAGAACUGCAAUCGAGCGCAACGAAGACAAACGCGACCAAUAUCAAAUUUUCAUUGCUGAGAAUUUCUGUCCUGAUCAGCUCGUCUUUGUAGAUGAAUCUGCCUGUAAC